AUGUCUAUCAAAAAGGAAGAACUCACUCCCGAGCUCGAACAGGUCAGAUCGUUCACACAAGAGAACUUGGGCAAAAAUGAAUUGAUCGCUGUAUUCUCUUCUGCUCGCGGUAAGGAAAUUGCCAUCACGGCUGAUGCAGAUGAGGCCAUGGCCAUGGUCCUUGGUAAGGAACAUGUUGAGAUCACUGAGCAGGCCAACAAAAAGGUUUUGCGCAAAAUCGACUUUUUCUUGAUUCCAUUGAUCGGUUUGUUGUACGCUUUCCAGUUCAUGGACAAGACCACUACUUCUUAUGCCGCCGUCAUGGGCUUCAAGAAGGACUUCCAUAUGGUGGGAACGAUGUACUCGUGGUGUGGUAGUGCGUUCUACUUGGGUUACCUUCUAUUCGAGUUCCCCGCCAAUGCUCUUCUUCAAAGAUUUCCCCUUUCCAAAACCAUUUCUGCCUUCAUUGUUCUUUGGGGUAUGAUCUUAUGUUUGCAUGCUGUUCCAACCAACUACGCCGGUAUCAUCACCUUGAGAGUCGUCUUGGGUAUGCUCGAGUCUGCAGUCACCCCCGCUAUGGUGCUUUUGACCAGUCAGUGGUACAAGCAAGAGGAGCAAUUCCUUAGAACUGCUUUCUGGUUUUCUUGUAACGGUCUUGGUAUUAUCAUCGGUGGUGGUAUCGCCUACGGUGUCGCAGAGCACUCUCACAGCUAUAGUGUUGAGGGCUGGAGAAUCUUGUUCAUUGUUACCGGUUUGAUGACAAUUGUCACCGGUAUCUUGUUUUUCCUCCAUGUUCCAGACACUCCUUCUAAGGCAUGGUUUUUGACCGAAGAGGAGAAGAUCAUCCACGUUGAAAGAAUUAGAUCCAACCAGCAAGGUUACGGUAACAAGCACUUCAAGAAGCAUCAAUUCAUUGAGGCCCUUACUGAUAUCAACACUUGGCUUUUCUUUGCUUACGCCAUUGCCAACAACAUUCCAAACGGUGCCUUGACAAACUUCGCCAGUAUCUUGUUGAACUCUGACUUUGGUUUUACCCCCAAGCAGUCCUUGUACAUGAACAUGCCUACUGGAGGUGUGGAAUUCGUUGGUUGUAUUCUUCUUGCAUGGAGUGUCAGAUUCUUCAAGCACCGUAUGGCUAUUUCUAUCUUCGCCAUGGUGAUUGCAUUGAUGGGUUCUUGUUUGUUGGCAUUCCACCACAACAAACACGUCAGACUUGCUGGUUACUACGUCAUGUACGUGUACCCUGUCACCACCAUUUGUGCUUUGUCUUGUUUCGCCUCCAACACUGCUGGGCACACCAAGAAGAUUUCCACAAAUGCCAUUUUCCUUAUUGGCUACUGUGUGGGUAACCUUAUUGGUCCACAAACGUUUAUCUCCAAGCAAGCACCAACUUACACUGGAGGUAAGAUCAGUUUUGUCAUUUGUGAUGCGUUCUCGAUUUUGUUCUUGGCCUUGAUUUACUUGAACUACUGGAGACUCAACAAGAAGAAGGAGAAGGAUCUUGCGGUCAUGGACCUUUCCGAGUUGAAGCAACACGACAACUUGGAGUUUGCUGACUUGACUGAUUUCGAAAACCCUUACUUCAGAUACUCUCUUUAG